GAAACAGUCUAAUGGAACCGAGCUUAGUAACAGGAAUAUAAAAACUUAAUUAAAAAAAUCAUGAUGCUUUUUUUAUACUUUGUGCUUCUGUCGAGUGUCUCCGGUUCUAUGCUUCCUCAUCUGGAGGAUAAAUGUGAAGGAUCGUAUUGCCGUAUCUUUGGAAGGAAGUAUACAUUUUCCGAUAGGAAAGCUCCAAAGCUUUUGGAAUUCCAUAUUGAUACUUGCUUUGACCUGGAAGUAUUAGAACUCAUGCCCAAUCUUCACACCCUGGAAUUGGAAUUCUGCACGAACGAGCUUAUCAGGAGUAUUAAUCCAAGGUCAAUUCCGAAUCUAAGUACCCUUCAGUUGCGUCGCGGAAAUCUGUGGGAGCUUAACGAUGAACACUUUGCCAAGUGGCCCAGAAUUAAGGUUCUUGAUCUAGGAGGGAACUCCAUUGCUACAGUAUCCAAUGGAACCUUCAACGGUGUACCUCAUCUCUGGUUGCUGGCAUUGCCGGGCAAUGAUAUUCAAAUUUUACCCCAGGGUAUAUUCGAAACCCUACCGGAACUUAUGCAUCUUGACCUAAGUGGGAAUAGGAUCAGUAAUCUUGAAGGAAGCAUCUUCGCUGGAAAUCCGAAGCUGGAGAUGCUGCUACUCAAUAGGAAUCCCUUGAUCUCGAUAUCGCCCACGGCGCUAAUAUCCCUUACAAAUCUACGCCUUUUAGAUCUGAGCAAUUGUGGCCCUCUGCCUGCCCUUACACUGCCCGGUGCUCAUUCCAUAAUCCUGGACAACAGCGGACUCAAGUCUUUAGAAAUCAAUGGCAGUGUUUUUAAGCUGAGUGCGAAGAAAAACCAGAUUACCAACAUCCGACUGCACUACAAAAGCUCUCUCACGGAGUUAGAUCUACAAAACAAUUCACUGUCUACUGACGAUAUCCCCCAACUUCUAAUGGGAAUGUGGAGACUUCAGCACCUGGAUCUUUCCAAUAACCUCAUCCAUGAUUUUCCAGCGGCAGGAAGCGACAACAUAAGCGAACUCUUUCUGCUACCCAAUCUCAAGUUCCUAAACCUGUCAGGGAAUCUUCUCAAGCGCCUGCACUACGAUUCUCCGAUACCAUGGGCAAGGCUUACCCAUUUGGACUUGUCGUUCAGUGAACUAUUUUUACUACCGCAAGCAGCCAUUGAAAGUGCUUUUAAUCUUGAGGCCUUGUAUAUACAGGGAAAUAAACUUAGAUUUUUCGAAUUGGGAAUUCUAAUUAGUUUUGCGCGCCAAUAUACUUCAGUCCGAACAAAAGGUGAAUGAUUCAGAACUGAUUUAUACAGCUGAUUAGUCUUAGCUGUAUUUAUUUGGCUACCUUUUCCCGUGCAAAUUUCAACCGGAUUAUAGGCAUGAUCGGAUGUCAGCUAAAGCCUUUCUCGAAAAAUAUAUAAAAACAUUCUUAAAAUAAGCUCACUGCUGCCCUUCAAAAAAUCGUAAUAUUUUAAAAAUAGAAUAUGUUUAUUCAUUAUCUCGUGCUCGUGUCGGCUAUUGUUGUUUUGGGAAACAAAAAUGUGUUCUCCAGGGAAUUUAAGAUUUCGGCUUCGGACUCUCAGUUACUCAAAUUGGAAUUUAAACAGAAUUUUUUAAUGAAAAAUAUUCAAAACUCUACAGAAAAAAGCUACCAAGAUAUACAUAUGCCCGAAACUAAAACCAAAUUCGUAAGAAAACGCGAACUUCCGGAGCCCGAAAUCAAAACCGAACUCAUCCCAAAACUUACUACUGAUCCUCCAGAAGAUACAGAUGACACUUCUCUAUCGGAAUCCAAGACCAAGUCCAAACUGCACAAGUGGUCGGUGUAUGAUAUUCUAAUAGUAAUCUUCCUUCUAUUAGUGAUACUCUAUGUAAGAAUGCAUUUAUACAAAAGAGAAGGGGACAACUGCUGCUACGGGUGCAAGUGGGGGCGGGUAAGAGACGAAAGACCCGAGGGGAGGGUUGAGAUCGUCAACCACCAAGAAACGGAAACUUAAAGGUACAUAUCUAAGUUAGUUAAUUAAUCUAAGAAGUAAUAUAUUUUAGGAUUAGUGUUUUAUAAAUCGUAUUUUUAGGUCUAAAUUUAAAAAAUUACAAAUAAAUAUGAACAUGGU